GCAGCUCGAGGGGGAAUAUAGAAUUACUCACACUCAUGUACAUGAAUAUCAGACUCGACUCAUAUUUACACAACGGUAUUUAAAAGACAUUAUUAAAAGAGAAGACGUUAAUUCGACUCGAGAUGUUUAAAGGUUUUAUUCUGCGCUGCUGGUUGAUUUCCCGGAAGUGACGCAUGCGCUGAUUUGUGUUUGUUUUUCUGACAGUCGCGUCCGCGUUGAUCCUCAAACGGACACAAAUCCGCGACAAAUGCAGGUAAACACGGAAUAAACACUCUAUUACUGCACUUUACUGCAUAUAAAUAAACAUGGAGCAGACGGGGAAGUCGUACAUGUUUGCCAGUCUGAUGCGUCCCCACUCCGAGCAGCUCCUGCAGGGUCUGCAGCUCCUGCGACAGGACCGCGAACUCUGCGACAUCGUGCUGCGGGUGGGAGACGCCAAGAUCCACGCGCACAAAGUGGUGCUGGCCAGUAUCAGCCCGUAUUUUAAAGCCAUGUUCACGGGGAACCUGUCCGAGAAAGAGACGUCUGAGGUGGAGUUCCAGUGCAUCGAUGAAGCCGCGCUCAAGGCGAUUGUGGAGUACGCCUACACGGGAACAGUGUUCAUCUCGCAGGAAACGGUGGAGUCCCUCCUUCCUGCUGCCAAUCUCCUGCAGGUCAAACUGGUUCUGAAGGAGUGCUGCAGCUUCCUGGAGAGUCAACUGGACGCGGGGAACUGCAUCGGAAUCUCGCGCUUCGCCGAGACAUACGGCUGUCACGAUCUGUGUCUCGCGGCCACCAAAUUCAUCUGCCGGAACUUUGAGGAGGUGUGUCAGACGGAGGAAUUCUUUGAGCUGACGCGAUCGGAGCUGGACGAGAUUGUCUCUAACGACUGUCUGAACGUCCUGACGGAAGAGACGGUGUUUUACGCGCUGGAGUCGUGGAUUAAAUACGACCCGACGGAGCGGCAGCAGUACCUCGCUCCGCUCCUGCACUGUGUCCGUCUGCCGCUGUUGAGCGUUAAGUUCCUCACGCGACUCUACGAGGCCAAUCACCUGAUCCGUGACGAUCAUGCCUGUAAACAUCUGCUCAACGAGGCGCUGAAAUAUCACUUCAUGCCUGAACACCGACUGUCUUACCAGACUGUUCUGUCAACACGGCCGCGCUGCGCUCCGAAAGUCCUGCUGGCGAUCGGAGGUAAAGCCGGACUCUUUGCCACACUGGAAAGUAUGGAGAUGUAUUUCCCUCAGACGGACUCGUGGAUCGGUCUCGCUCCGCUCACGGUUCCGCGCUAUGAGUUCGGCGUGGCGGUUGUGGAGCAGAAGGUGUAUGUUGUGGGUGGAAUCGCGACACACAUGCGUCAGGGCAUCAGUUACCGGCGUCACGAGAGCAGCGUUGAACGAUGGGACCCCGACAGCAACACAUGGUCAACGGUGGAGCGUAUGGCCGAAUGCAGGAGUACUCUGGGCGUGGUGGUGCUGGCGGGCGAGCUGUACGCUCUCGGCGGGUACGACGGCCAGUAUUACCUGCAGUCUGUGGAGAAAUAUGUGCCCAAAGUGAGAGAGUGGCAGCCGGUGGCACCCAUGAACAAAUCACGCAGCUGUUUCGCCACCGCCGUGCUGGACGGCAUGAUUUACGCCAUUGGAGGAUACGGCCCUGCACACAUGAACAGCGUGGAGCGAUACGAUCCGAGCAAAGACUCAUGGGAGAUGGUGGCAGCCAUGGCUGAUAAACGGAUCAACUUUGGCGUUGGUGUGAUGCUCGGCUUUAUAUUUGUUGUGGGGGGGCACAACGGUGUUUCUCAUUUAUCCAGCAUUGAGCGAUACGACCCCCAUCAAAACCAGUGGACAGCCUGUCGACCAAUGAAUGAACCCCGCACAGGUGUGGGCUCUGCUGUGGUGGAUAACUUCCUGUAUGUGGUCGGCGGUCACUCGGGCUCGUCGUAUUUGAACACAGUUCAGCGUUACGAGCCAAUCACAGACAGUUGGCACGACUCCAGCGGGAUGAUGUACUGUCGCUGUAACUUCGGCCUGACUGCCCUUUGACCCCGGCCGUACGGGUGACUCUAUUCAUAGAGCAGGACGAGAGACGACACUCAUCCGCUGACGUUUGCUCCACAGCGCCACACACUGACGCUCACUUGGAGGGUUGAUGACACGCGUGAAGACGAUCGGCCGCCACACGAGCACACGUGAUCAUGUGACCAGCGCAAUCGCCGAGAGACUUCCACAAACACCCGGAGGAUGCAGAGCGGCGGGAAACUGUUGUGCGCUCGUGUGAGGCAGAUUUUAACGCCUCGGAGCACUUUCUCCUCUUUACAUUUCAAGGCUUCUGUUGAGGGACGCAGGUGUGUGUGUUCAGUGCUUAUAAAGAGAGGGAACCGGUGAAUCUCAUGAACAAACAUGUCUGCCUCAGAGUUUACAAACACAUACAGGAAACAGCUGGUUUUUAUCACCUAUUUUCCUCUCAGAUUUUUGGCAUUGUGACAUUAUUUUCAUUGAAAUUAAACACAUUUCUGCUCAAGAUAUUCAUUACCAUAUAACAAAACAUCAGGAAUGUUAAAAUAAUACAAGUACGAAAUAACUCAUAUUAAGAUUGUAAGUAUUUAUACAUCACGGUAGUAUUUAUGCUGAUAUUAAUAAAUAUAUAUAUUUUUAGGGUUGUCGAUUUAACACAUUAAUUCAGUGCAAUUAAUUUAACCAAAAAUUAUGCGUUAAAAAAAUGUACGCAGUUAAUCGCACUGCCCCGGUACAAUGCAAGCUUGCAGUACCGCCUGUUUCCUCCAGGGGGCAGUAAGUGACACUUCAGCUUCAGUUUAUACAGUGAACAAACACUUCAGCAGAACAACACAAACAUGUGUUACAUUCUUGUGUUCAAACACUUGAUGAGCACAAAUCUGAACUAAGAGAUCUCAAGAUGUGUUUAAAGAUGAAACUAUAUUUAAUGACACAGUGAACUAAUAAUGUGUGUU